UUCCCACGGCACCAAGGGCUUUCCAUCUUCCACGCAGGAUGGAAGAGCAGUUUCCACGCAUCGUAUAGUGAUCCGCUGCGCUCUGUGCUCUGAUAGCCCCUCCAGACCCACAAAAAAAAGAAGGGAAAAAAGACGCGAUUUGGUGACAGGCACGACCAUGCGCAAUGACUUACUUUGAUGAGAUUCAGCAGGCGCUGCACAAACUCCGCAUCUUUUUCUAACAGCAUCCAGAGAGAGAAAAAGGGACUGGAUCCUCUGCACAGCAUGACAGACACAGUGAUGAGUGGUGGGACGGGUCGCUGGGUAUCAAACGACAGGCAGGGAAGCAUGCAUCCAAAAGAUAAAGAGCAGGGUAACUGGACCAAGCAGCCAGGUCCCGGUUCCAGUCCAGAUCUGACUGAUGAAGAAAAAGAGAUAAUAAACAGUGUGAUUGCCCGUGCGGAGAAAAUGGAGGCAAUGGAGCAAGAAAGAAUUGGCCGCCUGAUAAACCGUCUGGACAACAUGAAGAAGACGGUGUGUGGGGAUGGAGUGUCCCGCUGUUUGCUGUGUGGGGAGCAGCUUGGAUCACCAGGGGUCAGCUCGGUGGUGUGUGAAGACUGCAAAAAGCACAUGUGUACUAAGUGUGGUACGCAGUGUGGUGGUCUCCCACGGCCUGUUUGGCUCUGCAAGAUCUGCAGAGAACAACGAGAGGUGUGGAAGAGGUCUGGUGCCUGGUUUUUCAAAGGUUUUCCAAAGCAUUUUUUGCCUUCACCCAUGCCAUUAUCUAAACCAAAGGAGGCAGCUGCCCAGAAGACAACAGAGCCUCAGAGGACAGCAGGUUCUCAGCAGAGGGACAUAGUCGCCCAAUCACAACCAGGUCCAAGUAAGAGUCAGCCUCCAGUUGCAGAGCAACACGUUUCAAGCAAGGCUUCAGCUGCAGAGUCACAAGGCCGGGCUGGUUACCCACCUGUGGCCCCUAAACCAUCUGUGCGUAUGGCCACGGGCGGGGCUGGCCCUGAAGAGCUUGGUCAGGGAAGUCCAGUGGUCAUGAAGAAGAUGGUACCUGUCCAGAGCUCGAGACAGCAGCCUUCUGCUUCUGUCGCCAUGGCUCAGCAAGGAGACGCAGGCGCUUACUCCUCUGGUGCUCCUCCAGAGCAGAGAUCAUCUCUUGACAGGAGGCAGCCCACUGCCUACGGCUCUCAUAACCCCCGGCAACAACCCCCCCCUGCUGAGGAGGAGGAAGAGGUGAACGACUACGACUCUGAUGAAGCCACCACCCUGGGUUCCCUCGAGUUCAGCCUGCUCUAUCAACAAGAAAGCAACAGCCUCCACUGCAGCAUCCUCAAAGCAAAGGGACUAAAGCCCAUGGACUCAAAUGGACUGGCAGACCCAUAUGUGAAGCUACAUCUGCUCCCAGGGGCUAGUAAGUCUAACAAGUUGCGCACCAAGACCUUAAGGAACACUCGUAACCCAGUGUGGAAUGAAACUCUCACCUACCACGGCUUGACGGAGGACGACAUGCAGCGCAAAACCCUCAGGGUCUCUGUCUGCGAUGAAGACAAGUUCGGGCACAACGAGUUUAUUGGGGAAACUCGAGUGGCACUAAAGAAACUGAAGAUGAACACAAAGAAAAACUUUAACGUGUGUCUUGAGAGAGUUGUGCCUACAAAGAAAACUGCAACAGCUGGAACAGCAAGAGGGAUCUCACUCUACGAAGAUGAGGCAGGGAAAGAUGGCACAGAGGUGGAGGAACGCGGUCGUGUUCUGAUCUCCCUCAUGUACAGCUCGCAGCAGAACCGCCUCAUCGUCGGCGUUGUGCGAUGUGUCCACCUGGCUGCUAUGGAUGCUAAUGGCUACUCCGACCCAUAUGUCAAAAUCUGCUUGAAGCCUGACAUGGGGAAGAAGGGCAAGUGCAAAACACAAAUUAAGAAGAGGACUUUGAACCCGGAAUUUAAUGAGGAAUUCGGCUUUGAGAUCAAACACAGUGAACUGGCCAAGAAGACGUUAGAUGUUUCGGUGUGGGAUUACGAUAUUGGGAAGUCCAAUGACUACAUUGGUGGGUGUCAGCUGGGUAUCACUGCCAAAGGGGAGCGGCUGAAGCACUGGUACGAGUGUUUAAAGAACAAGGACAAGAAGAUCGAGCGCUGGCACACCUUGUUAAAUGAGAAUCACGUUGCUAGCGAUUAACCACACAGCACGGGCUUAUCAAUGUGUUUGUCUUCAUUCCAUGUGGCACUUUUCCCUCCCCACAGUUAUUUUGGAUUUUUUUCAUUACAGCGCAGCAUUGCUCAUGUUUGGCUUCGACUUUCAGUUUGCAUCUUCUCUUCUCUCUUUUUGACUUUACCAGAGCUGAUUAUGAAUCAACCUCAGACCCUCGUUUAACUGAACAUGAAUCUGCUGCGAGGUGGCUCCGCAAAACGACCUCACGCCAGUCAUAUCCUGAUAAGAACUUCUUCAUUAAAGAAAAAAAAAAGUUGGGCUGAAGAAGAAAAGCAAUAUGUUAUGGCAUCUAUUCUAGAAAUCCAAGAUUUUAAAAGCCCCCAUGUUUGAAUUUCAUUAGGUCAUUAAGCUUUUUUGUUUUUUACUUUUUACAGUGGUUACAUAAUAUUAUAUCAGCAUGCCUGGCCGCACAUCUACUAAAUACUUCACCAAAUGAACACUUUGUAUGACUUCAUGAAGAAAUGUUUACAUAUUGAUACAUUGCUCAGGUUAGAGUAGAGAUCUGAUGUAACUGGGAUGUGAACUAGAUGAAUCAGUUGCUGUUAAGUUCAAAAUAUUAUAGCACACUUGUACGGUGUCAAAGGAGUUUUUUUUAUGUAAUGUAACUAAAACUGUGAAUUUUUUGGUUGGUGGGAAAAUAUCAACUGUACGUUUAGGACAACUGAAAAGUGAACCUUAAUUUUUUUUUCUCAGUUAUGAAAAAAAAAACAACAGAAAGAGACUUGAACCUGCUAAUUCUGCUCAGAAUAGGUUUUGUACUUCAGAGUUUACAGUGAAUGCACACAGUCAAGUUUGCUGCAGGUAAACCGGUAAUGUCUAAAGUAUGUGCUUUUACCUGCAUGCACCGUGCUUGUGAAUUUCGUGUGCCUGGGGCCGUAACAGCCCGCUUUUACCCCGACGUACCCUUUGCACAAAGCAGAGCCCGUUUUUUCUGUCUGCCACACCUUUAAUCAUCCGAGUGUGCUUGUUCACUAAUCACAGCAGACCAAGGAAAGCACACUUUACAAAGUGGAAUAACCUCAAAUUUGUACAACUGUGUGCAACUUUUUCCAAUCUCAAAACUGACAAAAACACAAAAAAUCCUAUGCAUGAAAUGUUUUGUGGGUCAAGAUAUAUAUACUUUGUAAGAAAUAAAUGCUAUUGUAAUUCCAUUAAUGUUUACACUACUUCCCCAUUAACAUUCCUACUGAUACUUUAUAUUCUGUACGAGAAGUCAUACUCUGCAUGACUAUAAAUAUGUUAUAAUAUGAUUAAAUUGGUUUGUUAGCGUCAACAGAAAUGGCUCAAACUCAGCCGAGCACAUGGAUGUAGGAGCUUGUAGCUGAGGGUAGCAGAUCAAAGGAAAUCUUGACAGGUCCUUUGCUUGAACCCUGUAGAUUUCUCCAGUACGUUUUCUUCACAAAGCCACUCUGCCUCCAUAUAGCAGCAACGUAGGCACUUUAACAGUAGGCUCUGUACGUUACAAUGGCAUCAUGAGCAUCAGUUGUUGUUUAAAAGAUCAGGCUUCUCUCUGAGCUAAAGUCAUAUCUGUCUUCUACUCGAUUCUGCCAGUUCAGUGGAAUGUUUCUUAAUCUCUGUAUUUGUACAUAGUGCAUGCAGUUGAAGUACAAAUGAUUGCAAAUACUUUUGCAUGGAAAGAUUUUGCAGAGAGUUUACACAGACCAAUAAACCUAAUUUAAAAAAUCGCAAA